UUUACCAUUUCAACUUUGUUGAUAUAUCCAGCUUACAUUAAUAUGUUAUCAGUUCUUGCUAGUUGCCAAUUUUGUCAAAAACAAGAUGACAUGUUCAAAACGUUUACUUUCAGCACAUCAAAAUCUUGAAGGUCGAGGGAAUACGAAUCGCGAUUUAGAAGCUGCAUGCAAUUAUAACUACGCUCCUGAUGGAUUAAUAAUAUUAAUAAUAUCUGGGAAAACGAAAGCUGUGAUGAAGAUUGUCAAUCGAAAAUUUACAUCUGAAAAAUGUAUGCACUUUUAUAGCAAAUUUCCAUUUAAUUUGUUGCUUGACGUACGUGCGUGACCUCAAAUUGUCAUGCAUACGAGUUUCUUCCCUCGAUGCCUUGAGGACAAUUUACAAGUAGAUGCACAAAAUUACCUAUUUCCGUUAAUUAAGUCUCCCAAUUGAAUAUUAAAUACAAAGUUUUUAAGAAAAAUAUUUUAAAGCAAAGAUGGUUUAAGGACUAAAAGCACACAAAUGAAAGUUUCACAAUGGCAAAAAAUCAACAAUAAAUCCAAGUUAAGAACACCACAAUUUUAGAAAAGAAAUAUUACGCUUUUUAUCGCAGAGAAAUACCUGGAAAUGUUUAUAAGUCUAUGAUAUCAUGUUAAGGAUUUGUUUUGUUCGCUUCUUUGUGAACUUUAGGCUAAACCUGUAUGUGAUUUCCGGCAACAUUCACUUACCAUGUCGCGCUAAACGCUCGAAAUUAAAACAAUGAUUGAUUAAACUUUGAUGUCAAGGCGCCAAGUUAAUUAAACAAUUAACCACACACGUUUCCACAGGCAGCGUGACUGCCCACGAGACCCGCCUACCAGCAGCGCAUAAUUGCAAUUCCCAGUGGAAUGAAUUUCACUCAACCCUGCAAGCAAUAUCAGUCUCCAUAGAGGUCUCCUCACUAGCCCCUUACAAAGUAACAGACCUAGGUGUUAAACAGGCGCCAAAAACAAGCCGAGAUAAACAAAAUGCGCUAAAAACAAAUUAACACCAAUAUUUGAUCGUCAUUGCUUGAUGUGAAGCGCGACAGUGGUUAAUUCAAAAGGUAAGAAAACAAGAACCUGUUCGAAAACGUUCAUUAUUUCACUACCAAACUUCCGAUUUAGAGGCAACCUUUUUUCAAAAGAGAGAAGUCGCUCUUUGGAGUUACCAUGGCGUCAUUCGGUUAAGGUAUAAUUAUACAUUCUUACCUAGUCAAUUUAGCUGGGCCUCGGUGUUUUUAAUCGUUAUUUAACGGAAAAAAAAAAAAGAGAAGCAAACAAACAGAUGGAAAAAUUAAUGCAAAGAAUUGAAAAGAUAUAACAAACCUCUUUCCGCGAGAAAUUCCUUUUUUUUUUGUUCGUGCUUUCAUCGAAAAACCCGCAGCAAUUGUUUACCCGAGAACACCUGCGCCGCGGGAAAAUUUACAAUAGAAACUAAAUAACGUAAAUACAAUUUUAAAAUGUAUUCCGGGCUUAAAACAAAGAGGUUUUUCGACAACUGAAAGCCAAAGAUAAAACUUUAUCAUUUACAAAGCUCGGCUGUUUGCUCAAAGUAACAGACUCUUCGACGAUAUAGCCUGGCUACCUUUCGGAAACAGUUGCCUUCGCAAUAGUCACUCUUAAUUUCGAAUUCAGUCAGAACGGUAGAGUUUCACUUUUUUCCAAGAAAUUUCCAUAUGUCUAUUAUUUUUUAGGGCCCUCUGGAAAUGUUUGUGUUACGGUCAAGUUAUUAUCUUAUCGUCACCUGUUUCAGAAUAAAAGACCAAGCCUCAGGUCGACUUUAAGAGGCUUCAGAGGGCAGUGCAAGUACCCGGCUACCCACAGGUGUUUGCAAAGGUCGUCUUUACGGCGAACAAAUUGGAGGAAAAUGGACAACUCAACAUGGCGAAAAAGCAUAAAUUCGUCACAAGAGAUGAACCAUCGGAUGCUACAUCAAACACAGUCCGGUCAAGCAGUGAUCGUGUUCCUGUCUUUACAGGGCGUCCUUAUAAUCUGCGCGAACUCGCUGGUGUUUUUAUUGUUUGCAACCACAAAACAUUUACGAACAAAGACGAACUACUGUUUGGUAAGUCUGGCAGCCAGUGAUUUCUUAGCUGGACUUGUUUCGCUUCCAUUAGUACUCCUCUGCUCUACGAUUUAUUCCAAACCCAUCUGCACCAGCAUGGAUCUCUGCCAUCGAUUUCAGUCGUUCUCGACAAUUCUUCACCUGCUGGUAGCGACAGCGGAGCGCUACUUUAAGAUUAAAAGACCCUUUAAGUACAAUAUUCUGGUGACAAAGCGGAGAGUGUUGUCUCUCUUGAUGGCUGUAUGGAUUUUCUCUCUGAGCGCUUCUUUUGUUCAACUCACAUGGAUCCUACGCGACAACCAACAUCUGACCCGAAAAUUUGACUUUGGUUAUUCCGUGUUUAGUUUAAUAUCGCUUGCGCUUCUGCCCUUUCUCAUCAUCGUCUGUAUAGAUGGCCACAUUUUUUAUUACAUCCACAAGGAAAAGAAAAUUAGGCGUGCCUUAACACAAGGGACUUUAAUUGAGAAGAAAGACAGGGAAAAGAGAAGGAAUGAUAAAAAGGCACUGAUAAUAUACGCUGUCAUGACAAUUACAUUUGUGGUAGGAUGGUUCCCCUAUUUUAUUAUCACGCUGCUGACCGACGUUAUAGCGGGCUACUCGACACCAUUCGCCGCACAGAUCAUACUCUUGUACUUUAAAUUUAGCACAGCCCUGAUCAACCCUCUUUUGUACACCUUCUUUAAGACUGACUUUCGAAAAGCACUCCAAAACUUGUUAGAAAGAGGCAUUGGUUCCGAUGGAAGUAACGAAGUAAUAACAACUUCAGUGUAAAGCAAAGCUCUUCAGAAGUCAACGUUAAAAUAGGUAAUGAAAUUCAAUUGAAAAAAAAAAAAAAACCUUUAGGAGGCGCUGCCCAUGGUGAUAAAAAGCACCUACUGAAUGUAAUUCGUUGAUCGCUGACAACCAUGAAAUAUCACAUUAGGAGAAAACAGAAGCAGACGAAAUUUUUAUUUUAGCAUAAUUCCGCAAUAAAACCGAGAACGUAAAAUAAAAGCGUUUUCUUUCCAUUCAGUCUAACAUAAAAACGUUUCUAUGUUCUUGAAGUCUGUGCUGCGUUCCACUAUCAACUCUUUUCUACUUCAGUCUUACUGACAAGAAUCAUUUUCACCUUCUAUCUUUCAACCCGUAAAACAGAACUAAUUUUCGCAUAAUAAAUGUACAAUUACCAAAUCUCAAGCAUAAAACAGUUGGUUAUUCACUCAACACCCUCCCCUACUAUAACUACUGACUAUCUCGGCUCUCUUCUUUAUCAAAAUUGACGAAGUUAUCAAAUCCCUUCUCUUAGGCAAUGUAAAAAAUAUGACAGGCAAAAUUUCCAAAUACAUAGUAUCACUUUGUAAUCUGAGAUGGGAAAAAUAUAUUCUUUGACAGAACCUCAACCAUUUUUGAAUCUCAAAGAUGGCCGCCACAUAAUUUCUUAAGUGGAAGACGCAACAUAGCCUUGGGGUACUUAUUUUUCCACUUAAGUUAACCUGUUUCCUUCCAAUCCAAAAAAAAUGUCUUGCUUUCUUCAGUGUGUUCAUUAUCAGAGGAAUAAAGCGGCACGUCCCUCGCACGCACGCAA